GGCCGGAGCCCCCCGAGCAGCCCCAGCCGGGGCUGAACCGGGUGCCUCGGCCUCCUGCGGGUGCCUGUGGUCCCGAGGUUCCCCCCGCUGCCGCCCCACGCGUUUUGCCGCUUCCCCGCGUGGAACGAACGCGGGAUGGGCGGGCGCUGCCGGGUCCCUGUGCCCCGCCCGGGGCGGAGCGGUCGCGGCGCGAUGGGCGGAGCGGCGGCGCUGGAACCUUCCAGAGCGCGGCCCGGGCGGCGAGGAGCAGCAGGAGCGGCAGCCGCGGCGAUGGAGGCGGAGAUGUGGACCAACAGUAUCAACCAGGCCAACAAGAUGGCCCUGCGUGCCUGGGCGAAAGAAACCGGCAUCAACCUGGUGCAGGUCAACGGGCAGAGGCGAUACGGUGGCCCCCCGCCAGGCUGGGUGGGCGGCCCCCCGCCGGCCGGCACCGAGGUCUUCAUCGGGAAGCUGCCGCAGGACGUGUACGAGAACGCGCUGAUCCCGCUGUUCCAGAGCGUGGGGAAGCUCUACGAGUUCCGCCUCAUGAUGACCUUCAGCGGGCUCAACCGCGGCUUCGCCUAUGCCAAGUACGGCAACCAGCGCGACGCCAAGGAGGCCAUCACGGCCUUGCACAACUUCGAGGUGCGGGAGGGCUGCGCCAUCGUGGUGUGCCGGAGCACGGAGAAGUGCGAGCUGAGCGUGGACGGCCUGGCCGCCUCGGUGAGCCGGCAGGAGCUGGAGGCCGUGCUGCGGCGGGUCACCGAGGGCGUCCUCAGUGUCACCCUGCACGUCAGCCCCUGCCAGAAACAGGCCCAGCUCGCUGUGCUGAAGUACAGCUCGCACCAGGCUGCUGCCAUGGCCAAGAAAACGCUCACGGAAGGGAACGUAAAGCUCCGCGGGGUGCAGAUGAGGGUGAACUGGCUGAAACCCGACUUGAAGCAGAAGCUGCAGUCCUGCAAGGAGAAGCCACCGUCCAGCUUGGUUCCAGGUGGCAAGUGCCCGGAGGUCCCCAAGCCGGUGCCUCUGUCCCCCGUGUUGUGUAAUGCCGUGGAGCGCCUGCACGCCGUGUGCCGGCGGCAGCACCUGGGCACACCCCUGUUCCUCACCAAGUUCGUCCAGGCCAACCCCAAAGGGUGGCAGCGGUUCUGGUGCCAGGUGGUGAUCCCAGGGUUCCCCGUGCCCUUCAGCGGCUUCACGUGGGUGCGGCAGGACAGGCCAGGCAGGAGCGGGCACGAGGAAGCGAAGGUCGCGGUGGCACUGCACGUUCUCCGGGCUCUGGCAGCCGGCCAGCUGACGUAGGCGGGUCUGCCCGAGCCACCAGCUGAACCUGAGACACCAGCCUUGGUGGCCGCAGGAGCGGCGUGCGAGCCUCGCUGGGGACCUGGUCCUGUUCCAGCUGCCGUUUGAGUUUGUUGGGGUUUGUUUUGAGAGCCGGCUUGGGAAGAUGGGGCUGCUGUGCUGGCCUGGUCUGUGACAGCUGCCCUGUCCCCAGCUGGCCUUUGGGGACAGUUCUGUUUUUUGGGGACAUAGGUUUACCUGCCCAAGUUUGGCUUUUAUGUUGUUUUGUGUUGCUCUGCUGUGGUGGAGGGGCCUAGUGCAGGUCUUGGGAGAAGCAGCAGCUGCUUGGAGAGCCUUGUCAGUGUUGGCUGGGGACACAGAGGGGACCUUGGGGACUGGUCUGAGCUCACCAGGGGACCAUGUGUGGCCUCGGUUGGUGUGCCAGGUUCCUGUGGAACGGCCUCCAGGGAGGACAGGGCUGUACCAAGGACUGUCUUGGUGAAGGUGGCACAUCCCCGGGCUGGUGGAGCUGCUGCUUAGCGAGAGGAGAGCCUGGGCCGGGGUGCAGGGCUGCCUGCGGCGCGGGGCAGCAGCUGCGGGGCAUCGGCUGCCCAUGAAUGAUCCCUCGGGACAGGGAGGUCCAGCCGCCUGCUGUUCAUUUUGUAUUAAAGGAGCCUGAAAAGCG